UCGAAGACAUUUAGUUGAUGGUGAAAUGCUGAGGAGGCCACAAGACACAAAUGGAGGCUUUUUAAGGAAUACAUUGAGAAGAUUAAGCAAGCAUCGCUUAGACCGUUUGCGCCAAGAACACGGAAUGUCUGGACAGAAUGGUGGACAAGACAGUGCUGGUGGAGGUGGUGAAUGCUAUAGAGGCUUUUCUCCUGCAUAUUGGGCCUUCACCAAACAACCUCUGACACAGACUUUAAGUAAAUUGAAUGAGCAGGAGGAGCAAGAAAUGUUACAAGUUUUCCAAUCUGUAUUGACAUACGCUGGGCUUGGGCAAAAUGGUGAUACAGUUUGCAGAGCAGAAGACGAACGCAUAACAAUAGCUCAAUCUAUACUUGAAAAGUGUAUGCACAAGGACACUAUGCUUGGGGAACUUUACUUGCAAUUAAUAAAACAAACUACAGCCCAUCCAGAUCGAGAUUCCAGGGCCAAUUUAAGACACUGGGCCUUGCUGGCGCUUGCUUGUUCUGUAGCGCUGCCACAACAGAAACCAUUGAGGAGAUACUUGAUAGCACAUCUCAAGAGGUGCGCCGGAGACCACGUCACGGAAGAAGGAAAGUUUGCACGUUUUGCUGAAAAGUGUUUAUUCAGAACUCAAGGCACUCGCCGCAGGCAGUGGCCACCAUCACGGGAUGAAAUCUUAUGCACUGUAAAUAGAAGACCAGUAUAUGCUCGAUUUUAUUUCAUGGAUGGACAAUAUCAAAGUGUGGAAUUCCAUGCUUCCUGCACAGCCAGAGAUGUUGUUGAAUUAGUUAGAGAGAAGAUUGGUCUGCAGGCUGAUGCGAAAGGUUAUGCAAUAUAUGAAGUCUUGGGCACAUCUGAAAGAAGUUUAGUACCUGAUGAAAAAGUUGCUGAUGUGUUAUCUAAAUGGGAAAAAUAUAGAACGGCUACACAACAAGCAUUACAACAGAGUCAGGCUGCUAAUGGAACAUCGACAUUACCGAAGCAGUGUAGAAGACAGCAUCACAUAUUUUUAUUCAAAAAACAUCUGUUCCUAGAUCAAUAUAUGAAUCUUCGAGAUCCUGUUGAAAAAGAAUUACUAUAUCAUCAGGUUUUGCAUGAUCUAAGAUCAGACAGAUUCCCUAUUACCGAUAUGGAAGCUGUUAUGUUAACCGCUCUUCAAGCGCAAUUGGAGUUAGGAGAUCGGCGCGAAUCUGCUUCUGCAGAAGAUUAUAGAUCAGUGGCUGGACAUUGUUUACCUCCAAGACGUGCCAAUGAUGUAUCUGCAGACGAUGUUGCUAUGCAUCAUCAAUCGCUGAGAGGAAUGACAGCACCAGAGUCAAAGCAGUCAUUCUUAAACCUGAUCAGGAGUUGGCCACUUCAUCGGGCUACUAUAUUUGAUGUUAUGCAAUCAUUCACUUCAAACUGGCCUCGUGUUCUUUGGUUGGCUGUCGAUCAGGUUGGUUUGCAUCUUCUGGAGCACCGAUCAAGGAAUGCUUUGUGUACUUACGAAUACGAAAGUAUUGCUAGCUAUAGUCCCGCCCUGAAUUGUUUGAUGAUUAUCACAGGCAGUGGAAAGAAACAGAGCAAAGUUAUAUUGACUACUUCACAGGCUUUCCAAGUAGCAAAUUUAAUCAAAGAGUACACAGAUGUAGUUCUAAGUCCUCAAGAAGAAAAGGCUCCACCACCUCCGCCACAUAAUGCUAAUCAGACAGCAACCACGGAAACGAAGAAACCACCGAAAUCUCGAGCUAUAACUUCCAUUUUGCACAAACAAUCAGGAGCUCAACUGGUAACACCGCAACCCAGCUAAGUUAUUUAUUAUUUAAUUUUUAACUGAUUUUAAUUAGU